AUGCGAUAUGUACAGAUAGCAGGCAAUGACGACGACGAUGCCUCGCCCGUAGCCCUACAAGCUCCCUACUCGAUCCCCAACAGCCCUCCGCCAUCUUUCCACAGCCGCGCCUCCUCUCCCUCAGGCGGCGCUUCUCGCCGCCUCCUAUCCGAUGACCCUCUCGACAACGAUGCCGACCGCACACUCGCCGACACCUUCGCAUCCGAUGACGACGACAGCGACGACGAAAAUGGCGACGGAAUGGACGACCGACAGCGACUGAUGAGAGGUCAACCGGAGCCGCAGCCCGCAGAAGAUCCCGCCGCACCAGACACCGUACGCCAAGGUAUCCAGAGGAGAAUGACACAAUUACCCAGCUUCCCAGAGCCGACAGGAGCGUCUCGAGGGAGAAUAAUGGGCGGCGGUCAGAACGACGGUGUAUUCGCAAAUCUGAGUGCGAAACCCACGCGCGGGGAGGAAGUUGAGGAGAAGCCUCCGACAUACGAACAAGCCGCCGCAGAUGCGACACCACCAUAUUGGGAGACCACGAUCCUCGCACCCGGUACCUUUGGCGACGAGGUCUUCGUCGAAGGCCUUCCCGUCGGCUCCGUCUUCUCGUUUGUAUGGAAUGCCAUGAUCUCCAUGUCCUUCCAGCUCGUCGGUUUCCUCCUCACAUACCUCCUUCACACCACCCAUGCCGCAAAGAACGGUUCCCGCGCCGGCCUCGGCAUCACUCUCGUCCAGUAUGGUUUCACAAUGAAAGGCGCCUCGAGCCUUGCACCGUCAGAUUCCCCGAGCGACUUCACCGGCGGCGUACCAGACGACCCAAAUUCGCACGACUUUGAUCCAAACCAGGUCGCACCAUCAAGUGGCACCAUGUCGACGCCUGCCAACUCAGGAAUUAGCUCUGCGGACUGGCUAGCGUACGGGUUGAUGAUAGUUGGGUGGUUCGUCUUGAUCAAGAGCAUAUCGGAUUUCAUUCGCGCAAGGAGACACGAGCAGCUUGUACUUCAGAGCCCCGAUCGAGGUCUGGGCGUUCCGAUAGUGGCGGAGGGUGAGAGGCCCGAACAAAGCGUAUAG